AUAUAAUUGUGUGAGUAGUAUUCUCUCGUUGGUUUUGUCUGUUCGUUCGUUCAAUAUGUCUGAUUCGCCUGUAACCAAUAGACUUCGGGUUUAUCGUUUGGUAAAAAGGAAAUUUGUAUGUGUUUUGUAAAAAAUGGUAAACUUUCUGUGUUUUUACAUUGCGAGUAUUUGCAAGACAGUCAAAGUUAAUGGACAUGUUACAUUUUCGAAGUGAGCCAAACCAACAGAAAAUUGUACAAAUCGUGUAUUUAAGAAAGACAGUGAGUCGCAACAAAAUCGGAGAUAUAUUCACUAUUGUGGCAUCAGGGUGUUUGUCCCGAAAAAAGUGAACUACUGCGUUAAUAAGUUGACAAAGAUAAAAACAACUAAUAUUAUAGACGCACAAUUUAAUUGAAGUCAUGGCAACCAAACUAUCUGCAGCGGAGGGAACUUCGGCUUCGAGUGCAUCCACAUCGACAGGUGGUUUAAGUGGUAACAUUACACCCGCUAGACGCUUACGUACUAGAACUUCGACUGGAGGCAAUGUUAGUGGUGGAGAUUCGGCCAAAAAGUCAUCAAACAAUUCUAAUGGAACCGAACGAAGUAUGAGUUCUUCAGAUUUUAAUAAAAACAAUGGAGGAAGUAAUAACACUGCUCCUACUUCAGCUAUAGGGGCUAGUUCGGGUGAUGACAAGCUAAGUUCGAAUAGCUGCAGUGGUACAAAUUCCACCACUGGGUCAGGCAAAAAAUAUCAUAAUAGUUGUCCUCAUCCAACAAAUGACCGUGGUAGGGGUAAACCAUUAACACACUUACAACCUCAUAGCUCGAGUACAUUUAAUUUGAAUAAAACAGAAGAAUUUCAUUUUGAUACACCGGUUGAAUGUCCGGUUUUUCGCCCUACGCACGAAGAAUUCAAGAAUCCUCUAGCUUACAUUAGUAAGAUACGACCGAUUGCGGAGAAAUGUGGAAUAGCUAAAAUCUUACCACCAGAAUCGUGGUCACCACCAUUUGCUGUAGAUGUAGACAAAUUAAAAUUUACACCACGGGUACAACGGCUCAAUGAAUUAGAAGCAAAAACUCGAGUGAAACUUAAUUUUUUAGACCAAAUUGCCAAAUUUUGGGAACUACAGGGUUCUUCUUUAAAAAUACCAAUGGUUGAACGUAAAGCAUUAGAUUUAUAUACCUUACAUCGGAUUGUCCAAGAGGAAGGAGGUAUGGAACAAACAACAAAAGAACGUAAAUGGGCAAAAGUUGCAAAUCGUAUGUCGUAUCCAUCUAGCAAAAGCGUUGGAGCAACCUUAAAAGCCCAUUACGAGCGGAUACUUCAUCCAUUUGAGGUUUAUACAUCUGGUAAAGUGUUGGGAGCCGGAGCUGGAGCCAGCACUAGCGUGGAUGCAGUGAAGCUUGAAGAUGGUACAGAUUAUAAGACACACGAAAUACCAACUCGCCAACAAAUUACACCCCCAAACGAAAAUAACGCUCGACGGUCUAAACGCUUUGCCAAUUCUAGCGCCAAUUGUGGAUUGAACAAUGCGGCAUCACGCAAUACUGUUAAGAUGGAAACAAAGGAGGAUUUUAAGCGGGAUCUCUUAAAUUGUUUUAAUGCUGCUGGUACUUCGUCGUCUGCCAGUGGGGCUCGCGGUCAAGUUGGUGGUACAUCUUCUGCAAAUUCGAUUGCUCUAAAGAAAGCACCUGAUCCUCAAAUAGUUGAUCCUUUAAUGAAGUAUAUUUGCCACAUAUGCAAUCGUGGCGAUGUGGAGGAAUCAAUGCUAUUGUGUGACGGAUGUGACGACAGCUAUCAUACAUUUUGCUUGUUGCCACCAUUGUCCAGUAUUCCUAAAGGUGAAUGGCUUUGCCCACGCUGUGUUGUAGAAGAAGUUAGUAAGCCUACUGAAGCCUUUGGCUUUGAGCAGGCAGAACGAGAGUAUACAUUGCAGCAAUUUGGACAAAUGGCUGACCAGUUUAAAACGGAUUAUUUUCGAAAACCAGUUCAUUUGGUCCCAACAAAUUUAGUGGAGCGUGAAUUUUGGCGCAUUGUUUCAUCGAUUGAUGAAGAUGUAACAGUAGAAUAUGGAGCUGAUUUGCAUACCAUGGAUCAUGGGUCGGGGUUUCCAACAAAAAGCUCUUUAUAUUUGCUUCCAGGGGAUCAGGAAUACGCCGAAUCUAGUUGGAAUUUAAAUAACUUACCAUUACUGGAAGACUCAAUUUUGGGCCAUAUCAAUGCUGAUAUCAGUGGAAUGAAUGCACCCUGGAUGUAUGUAGGAAUGUGUUUUGCCGCUUUUUGCUGGCACAAUGAAGACCACUGGAGUUACUCCAUUAACUAUUUGCAUUGGGGAGAACCAAAAACUUGGUACGGUGUUCCGGGCUAUUGGGCAGAACAAUUUGAAGAAACAAUGAAACAGGCAGCUCCGGAACUUUUUGCAUCGCAGCCAGAUUUAUUGCAUCAGCUAGUGACCAUAAUGAAUCCGAACAUUUUAAUGAAUAAUGGAGUUCCUGUUUAUCGAACUGAUCAAAAUGCUGGAGAAUUUGUCAUAACAUUUCCCCGUGCGUAUCAUGCAGGAUUUAAUCAGGGCUACAACUUUGCUGAAGCUGUGAAUUUCGCUCCCGCUGAUUGGUUGAAAAUGGGUCGGGAGUGUGUUAAUCACUAUUCAAUGUUGCGACGUUUUUGCGUUUUUUCUCACGAUGAGUUAGUAUGUAAAAUGGCACUAGAACCAGCCAAACUCACAUUUGGCAUUGCAACAGCUUGCUAUAUCGACAUGGCUGAAAUGGUAGACUCCGAAAAGAAGCUUCGAAAAUCUUUGUUGGAAUGGGGUGUUACUCGCGCUGAGCGAAAGGCAUUCGAACUUGUUCCAGACGACGAGCGACAUUGUCAAGAAUGCAAUACCACGUGUUUUUUGUCUGCUGUAUCAUGUGAAUGCACCAAGUCAAUCGUUUGUCUUCGCCAUUACACAAUUCUGUGUGAUUGCAUUCCAGAAAAACACACUCUUCUUUACAGAUAUACACUAGACGAAAUGCCAUUAAUGCUUCAAAAGCUUAAAGCCAAAGCACAAAGUUUUGAACGUUGGUUAUCACGAUGUCGCGACAUUAUGGAUGCUAAUACGCCCACUUCUGCGCCAUUAGCUGAAUUACAGGAAUUGUGCAAGGAAGCUGAAAUUAAGAAAUUUCCGUCAUCGUUACUAAUAGAUCGCCUGAAUUCAGCUAUAGUCGAAGCCGAAAAAUGCGUAACUGUCAUUCAACAACUCGGAAUAAACAAGGUUCGUACACGCUCCGACAAUAACCAGGAAGCAGCUCAAUACAAGCUUACCAUGGAGGAAUUAGAGCUGUUUGUGCAAGAAAUUAACAAUUUGUGUUGUAUUAUAGAAGAAGGCACUUCCGUAAGAGAGCUUCUUUCUCUUGGUAAACAAUUUUUGGAACGUGCAAAUGUACUAUUAAAUCGAUCAAUUCAUUUAUUGGAAGAACCUGAAAUAGAUCAAUUAAUAAGUGAGGGGAACUCACUUCGAAUAGAACUGCCGCAGAUGAAUCAAUUAUACAUCCGUCUAAAACAAAUAAAAUGGUAUAAACGUUCACAAGGUUUGCGAAACGGCAAUACUAAAUUGACAUAUAGUGAUAUAAAGAACUUGCUGAAUAGCGCAGCAGCUGAAGUGGAUCCAACAGAUCCAAUAAUAGAUAAGGAAAUGAGAAAAUUACAAGAAAUCGGCGCUGCAAUAGAAGCUUGGGAAAAGCAGGCGAUGCGAUAUUUUCGAUGUACAACACAACAACAUGAGUUAGCUGACAUUGAACAGUUUUUAAAAACAGCUGCUGAUUUAGAAGGUCAAGUUCCAUCGUAUAUAACAUUAAAAGAUGCAUUGCGAAAAGCUAAAGAGUGGUUACAUUCGGUAGAACAGCUACAGACCAACGAUCAUUUUCCCUAUUGUCAUACUCUUGAAGCAAUAGUUCAAAGGGGUAAAUGUAUUCCUAUACAACUUGAAGAAUUAAAACGCAUGCAGGGUCAUUUGAAUAGUGCUCAUGAGUGGAAAGACAAUACUGCGCGCGUCUUUUUGAAAAAGCAAACAUUCUAUACAUUACUCGAAGUGUUGAUGCCCCGUUCCGAAUCUGUCAUAAUUGACUCAGAUUUAAAACAGCCAUUUGAAGAUGGGUUUGUAAAGGAAAUGAAUCCCGCUCAAAUAGUCGAUUCUUUUAAGAAGGCUGAAGAGAAAGAAUUGCGAGAUAUGCGCGAACUUAGGCGACAAAAUAUGUCAAAAAAUCCCUUAAAAGACCUAUAUUGUCUGUGUAAAUCUCCGUUUCAAGGAGUAAUGUUUAAUUGCCAGCUCUGCCGUGAUUGGUUCCAUGAGGAUUGUGUGCCGCCACAAAUGGGAAUAUCAAACAUAACGUCGGGAAGUAAUUUUAUAUCACGCCCAAAGUGGCUUUGUCCGUCAUGUGUUCGAUCAAAGCGACCGCGGCUCGAAAUUAUUCUACCACUUCUGGUGUCAUUGCAACGUUUGCCUAUACGUUUACCGGAAGAUGAGGCCUUGCGUUGUUUAGCGGAACGCGCCAUGAAUUGGCAAGAUCGUGCCCGUAAAGUGUUGACUAGUCCAGAUGUAACCGCCGCACUAGAAGCAAUUAUUGCGCAACAACGUAAACGAAAUCGAAAGGGUGUUGGUAUAACUGCGAUUUUAGCUAGAAGUAAUUCUCAUAAGCAGCUACGACGUAGAAGUAUUCGUAAUUCCAAAGACAAUGCGCUGAACUCAGAUAAUCCAGAUAGUACCGAUGAUGAUGACGAAGGAGACCGAUUACACAUUGUUGAAGAUUCGUUAAGUAAUGAGGAAGAAGAAUUAUGUAAUGUUGAAGUAGCACCGCCACCUGAGUUGCAAAAGCUAUUGUCGGAUAGUGAGAAAGAAAAUCUAAAUGACUUAAUGAUGGAAGGAGAUCUCCUUGAAGUGUCCUUAGAUGAGUCAUUGGAAUUAUGGCGUAUUUUAUCAGCUAUUCAACCAAUUUGUGCAGCAGAAGCAGCUGCACUGCAAAAGCAACUUCAAAUACAAAAACAAUCGGUUCAACAGACUUCAAACGUUAACUCAGCUGCUGAAGAUUCAAACGACAGUUUAUUAGUUCAGAGUAGCCCUAACAGCAAUAGUGGCAGUGUUAGUGGUCGGAACCCCACCGGUGCUAAUAAAAAGCGUCGCUCAUUAGAACCACUUAAUAGCAGUUGUCCACUGCCACGUAAAAAGACUGCAACUCCCAAUAAGCCCUACAGUUCUUCAGCUAAAAAGACAACACGAAAAUCUACAAUUGAUGCUAAUAGUAAAGUACUGCAAGCAGAUGAUGCUCCUGAUAGUAAACAAUCAAAUGGUGGAAGCGGGAGUACGAACUCAAACACACUUUCAGGACAAAAGAAGCGAAAACGCGUUGGAAACAGUUCGAACAUCAAUACUAAUGUUACCGGUCAAAAAAAACACUCUCAACGUAGUCAAACAGAGCAACAAGAAGAUGAUGAAGAAGAGUGUCGCGCAGAAAACUGUCAUAAACCAACUGGCCGUGAAGUUGAUUGGGUACAAUGUGAUGGCGGUUGCAAUGAAUGGUUCCAUAUGUACUGCGUUGGUCUAAAUAGAAGUCAAAUUAAAGCCGAUGAUGAUUACUUCUGCAUACGUUGCUCCAGAACGAUGGCUAUAUCGACAGUCGUGGCAAGUGGCGUUAAUAGUAGUAAUCAUUCAGUAAUUGAGUCCAGUGCAACAUCCACAGCAAUGCCCAUUAUUAGUACAAGCGGCAUUAAUAGCAAUGCGUUAAGUACAGGGACAUCUGCACCACAACAACAAACAUCGACAAAUAGCGCUGUUGCAUCCACUAAGGGCAGAGCUCAAGCUACUCGUUAAAUUAUUAAUACAUAUAAUUUUAAAUACAUAAAUAAAUUUUCAUAUUUUCCUGCAUUUUGGAUUUGCGAAGCAGAAUAAGUAAACCUGAGUCCUCAUUGUGCUAAUUUUUUAAUUAAGCAAAUGCAAAAUAUAUGAUAUUUUCAAUUAUAUGGAACGCUUUAGAAGAAUACGCCUUAUAUUCUUCUCUUUAGCUAUUUUAGGGCAUUCUAAAAGUUUAUUUCAAGACUGCAAUGCUGCAAAUUCAACAAAAACAGCUAGAUUCCGUCUUGACAUCCUUUGUUUUAUAAUAUAAUCCAUUUAUAAAAGAAAAAAUGGGUUUACCCUUUUUGAAGAAAGCUAUUUGGGAUUAACAUUUUUGAUUUAAUGCCUGUCUUUUUUUCUUGAUACGAUAAAAAUAUCAAAAAUAGAUACCACAUUUAUUUAUUAUAUUAUUAAUGCGACGAUACGGCUUGCAAAUAUCAAACAGCAAUUAUCGACAUACAUAUGUAUAUACUUUUUUGGCGUGAGUAAUUCCAGUCUGCUCUUUGUACAUACAUUACACAAUAAAUGCAUAUAUUUGCCACUUCUAUAUUAUAGUCUUAAAACUGUAUAUCUUUAAAAACGCAAUGUAAACACGUAUUAUGGCGUAAAUGGCUUUAAAUGUCAUAUACAUAUAUAAAAUUGAUAAGGCCCAACUUGGUGAUUUAUAUUUUUUUGUUCCUUACUUCCAUUUCCCACAAUACAUAAGCAUAUUUAUGUAUGCCAUACAAACUAAUUAUUUCAAGAAUCUAUUUGAAAACACCCUACUUUAAUUUACGUAUACAAGAUAUUUUCGCAGAGGAAUGUAUUCCAUUUCUAGAUUUUCCUGCUAAGGUCCUUUGUGAGAAUAUAAUGUAAGGAAAUUCUAGGUUUAAUGCUAUAAAGCACUUGAUCUGCUGGAUAAUAGUAAUACAUAUAUGUACAUAUAUGAACUUGCAACAUUUUAAUAUUGUUAUAAGUUAUUUUAAGAUUUAAUAUGUUCGUAUACAUAAACACACGUGUUAAUCGCAGUAUACUUUCUUUAAACUAUACAUAUUAAUUAGUUAAAAGUAUUAACUUCAAUUCAGUGAGAAGCACAUUUACUAAUAUAGCAAGAUUAAGAUUGUGUUUAAUUUAGCUCUUUUACUUUGCAUUUUAAAAUAGAUCAGAUAUUUGAAAAGGACUUGUUUAAUACAAUUUUUCUUUGUAAAUGAAAAGUCCAUAAAUAUUUUUGAGCGUAAUAAAAUAUUGCAAAUAUUUUUAUACAGAAUAAAAAUAUUGGACUUUUUUGGAAAUGGAGUAAAUACUAGUACAUUGCGCAGUUUGCACUGAUUUUCUGCCGGCUAAUGCCCUUGCAUGGAACUCAUAGUAAUCAAAAAUAAAUGAUCGAUUUCAAUUAAAAAGGUACAAAAAAAGAUAUUUAUUAAUUGCGAAUAGCUUUAAAGUCAAACAGAUUAUUCCAAAAUUUGACUUAAUCUCUUUCUACUAUAUCUUAUCAAAUAAAAAAAAAACAGGAAUAUAAUAAAAACCAUAAUUUAAGAUUAUGUUUAACUCACUUGCAAUGACAAUUUAGCUAGCACAGUUGGUUUUGCUGCAAAGUUUUGUGCAACUACUUUUCAAAUGCUGCAAGUUUUAUACGUUUAUGCGUGCCCGCUACGAUAUUGAUGUUUUUUCGAACUUUCAAUAUCGGCGAAGAUACUAGGUUUGCUUUUUUGAUCAGAUUUCAUCAUGCAUACUGCGCAGUUUGCAUCACCGUAAGCGCCCAUUAAUACUUUUUUUUAAAUAUACAUGUAUACUACUUACUAUAUCUACGUUAAAUGGAAAUUGAAUAAUUUAUGAAUAUAACCGUUAAAUUAGCGCAUAUUAUGUCAAACGUAUGACCUGAAUUAAAACAAUAUUUUUUGUUUUCAAAAUCAACACAAUUGAUACUGUCUAAUUAACCGAGUUGUAUCAAUUUCAAUAAAUACUGUCAUAUGCGCACCAAAUAUUCAAAAUACGUUUACAUUGGUAUGUGCAACGAAGUUUUUCAUUUUUUUUUUAAAUAGUUUUUUUUUUUAUAUAGCUUUUGUUUCUACCACUAAAAUCGUAAAACACUCACAAAGAAUCAUAUACUGCUUUGUUAUUUUUAAUAUAUAUGGAAUUAAAAUUGCACUAACCCUAUGCAAACAAUAACAAAAUAAUAUAUAUAUAUAUUUAUAUAUAUAAUGUAGAGAGUAAGAAUUUCAUGUAGUUCUUUACAAUAAAUAAAUCAAGUAGUAAUUAAAUAA